AUGCUAGCAAUUCAAUCCAUUAGUUUUGCCAUACUAGCCCUCAUUAUCAAGACAGUAACUGCCUUUGACGUGUCUGCCUCCAACAAUGUUGCCUUAUACUGGGGCCAAAACGCUGCUGGUGGUCAGGAAAGAUUAAGUACAUACUGUUCUAAUAAUGACUUCCCAAGCCCGUUGAAUGUUGACUUCACUAACCAAUGUAGCGAGAGUUUUGAUGACGGCUUAAUGAACUGUGCUCAGAUCGGUGAAGAUAUCAAAACCUGCCAAUCCCAAGGCAAGAUCGUGCUUCUAUCUUUGGGAGGACCCGACGGUGAUUACGGUUUUGACAACACUAACGAUGCUCAAUUGUUCGCGACUACCUUGUGGAGUAGAUUCGCAGGAGGAACCGAUUAUCCAGAAAGGCCUUUCGGUGAUGCUGUAGUUGAUGGUUUUGAUUUAAAUAUACAGCUGGGUCCUACCACUGGUUACUUAGUAUUUGCUGUCAACUUGCGAAACAUUUUGAGCUAUAACGACAAACCCUACUACUUAACUGCUUCCCCCAAGUGCAUGUUCCCUGAUGAUUACAUCGGUGAAGCUUUAGCUAACGUUAACUUCGACCUCACUUUUAUACAAUUCAAUAACAACCCUUGUUCCAUAGAUGGUAGUUUUAACUAUGAGACUUGGUCUGACUUCGUAUUAAACUCCUACAACCCUAACAUGAAGUUAUUAGUUGGUGUAACGGCAGACCCAUCUACCAAUGGUUAUAUCGACAUGGACACCAUUGAAGUGGCCAUUGAGCCACUCAAAUGUGAUCCGACAUUUGGUGGUCUUGCUAUCUGGGAUGCUUCUGGUGCUUGGAUUAAUAUUGACAGCAAUAACGAAAAUUUCGUAGAACAAGCCAAGAUUGCUUUGGAUGAAGAAGUUGACUGUUAUCCUUCUUCAUCCACGGAAGACUCUUCAUCUACUGAUCCUUCUUCCACUGACGAUGAUACUUCUUCCACCGAUGACGACACUUCAUCUACUGACGAUGAUACUUCUUCCACUGACGAUGAUGCUUCAUCUACUGAUCCUUCUUCCACUGACGAUGAUACUUCUUCCACCGAUGACGAUACUUCAUCUACUGAUACCCCUGCUAACAAAGUUAACAGAGCAUCACUGAAAACAUUUACUUACACAGACAUCCACACAACUAUUGUCACGAUAACUAGUUGUUCCGAAGAUAAUUGCCUUACCUCCACCGUCACCACUGGUUACGUCGUUGUCAGCGAGCCAAGUGCCAUCUAUACUACCUAUGGGCCAUUAAGUAGUGAAAUAGAGAUCGUUGUUCCUACUUCUCGUGGUGGUGGUGGUGGUGCUAAAUCCGAUGUUAUUAUUGAAUCCACUGCUAAAACUACUGUUACAGCCACUGCUACUACCGAUGCUCCAGUUAUCGACGAAGAGGCUGGUAUCAAUUCCGAUGCUCCCAGCCAAUCAAGCGAGAAUACCCGAAUUUAUGACACCACCAUCAAUCUGUUUACUACUGUUUCUAGUGCUUCUGUUGCACCAAAUACCUACUUCGCCUACGAAGGUACUGGAGCCUCUACACACAUGGUCUGGACCAUUGCUAUACCUUUAGCUCUUUUUGCCUUACUCUAG